AUGACUCAGGUGAUCACCGGUCACGGUUGCUUUGAGUCAUACCUGUGCGAGAUAAAUAGAAGAAAUUCGCCUCUGUGCAGAUACUGCAGAGCAACAUCUGACACAAAUAUGUAUACGCUUUUGUUCUACCCCUUCUGGGCAGAAGAGCCAAGGGAAAUGCUGGAAAGGACGAAUACAGAUAGAUCCUAUAACGCAAUCAUAGGCACAGCGAUGAGCUCCGCGGAGAAUUGGGAAAUCUUUUCCCGGUUCUGUGAAGAUGUCAUAAGGAGAAAGGAGGAGGAUGAGCGCUCCUGGGAAAGGGGAACGGACCCACUGGGAUACGCCCCUCUCCCUCAUAGAUCUCGAUAA